AUGUCCAUCUCUGCAAUUACCACCAGCGUUCCUAUCUAUCCACCUUCACCUCCAACCACCUCCAACCAUCAUCCUAGUACCAGUGGUUCGGUUGUUUCAUCGCCUGCUUUCUUUGGUAGUAGUAAUAACACGUCGUAUCACCCCCAUCGUCAACAAUCGUCAAUAUCGCAUCACCAUCAUCCUUAUUAUCAACCUGGUACUGGUGGUGGUGGUAGUAAUAGUGGCACUCCAAGUUUGGAUAGCGCGGCGUCAUGUUAUGCAUCGCCUUCAUCACCCUAUCACCUUGGCUCACCACCUACCUCACCUACGGAUCCAGCAUCAUCCCCGCUGACACUUCAGGAGCGUAGAAUGAGAAACAAGGCUGCAUCUGCAAAAUAUAGACAAAAAAAGAAUCAACAACAAUAUGAAAUGAGGCAAACGAUAUGCCGCCUUACCGAACAAAAAACUUUACUUGAACGCAAACUCGAGGAAUACCAAUGCGAGAAUGAGCGUCUACGAAGUACGGUCGAUCGAUUACGCGGCAAGCUAGAGGCUAAACGAAUGCUACGUCGCUGGGUGAGGCAAAACAGGCAUCAAAAAGAUACACCCACCUCUGCUUUCCAUGCCGUGUCUUUAUGUGACGAAGAUGAUAUUGACGACUUGGACUUGGAUGAUCGACAAUGA